UCUUUGAUAAAGAAGAUAGUUCUCUAUUGUGUUUGACCUAUAGAACAAACAAAAACACAAGUGAAAAACAAAAAACAAGUACGUGCCAUGAGUCAACCCGCUGAUAGUGUUCCUCCGCCUAAAGAUGAACACCCUAGCACUAAGGACGCUUCUCCUCCGCCUCCUGGAAAUCCUUCGGCACCACAACAUCCCAAUCCUCAGCAAGGUAAUCCGUCAGAUGGACACCCUAACCCUAAGGACGCUUCUCCCACGCCUCCAGAAAAUCCUCCGGCACAACAACAACCCUAUCCUCAACAAUGUUAUCCACCACCGCAGGGAUAUCCUCAGCAAGGCUAUCCACCUCCGUAUGCACCGCAAUACCCACAGCCUCAGGAACAUCAGAAGCAGAGUAGUAACCCUGGUUUGAUUGAAGGAUGUCUGGCUGCUAUGUGCUGUUGUUGUGUCUUGGGGGCUUUUUUCUGAGUGGAGUCUCUGCAUGAAGCUGUGAAAUUGGAUUGUUUGUUGUUUUAUUUUUAUUGAUCUCAUCUUAUUCUUCUAUGUUGUUUUAUAUAUGUUUAUCAUCUGAGUCAUAAGUUAUUAGUGGUUGUGGACUUUCUUCUGGGUUUACUUAUUUUAUUUGCCAAUGGGGAUGGAAAUUCAUCCAGUGCCGGUUUA